ACGUCGAUGCGGUCUAUUCUAACGGCCCGUUACGACUCCGACUCCGACCCCGACGGCGAUCGAUCUCCCCCUGCCCCUCCCCUCCGACUGCCGCAAUGGAUCCCCUCCGGCAGACUCUCAACCCCAACAAGCGCCUCAAAGAAGAAUUCGUCAGCAAUCUCACGGGAUCUUCCAUGCUGGAGAUUGCCGCGCUCUCCGCAAUCAUACCUGCUUUGGUAAUCCUCCGCCAAUGGAGCAGCUUUGCGAGAGUAAAUGGCAAGUUUAAUGUUGAGGUUGCAACGUCAAAGAAGGAUGAUGAUAAAGUCCCUAGUCGUAGAGAUUUUAGGAGCUAUGCAGUUUCACUUGUCGUCGAUUACUUGUUUGUUGUUCUUCCAGUUCUUCUUAUUCUCACGGUUCUUGCUGAUUGGGCUUAUAUAUUCACGGUGCUGAUUAUUUUGUUGCUUCUUCUUUGUAUAUCAGCUAAAAGAUCUUCAUAUCUUCGUUUUAAAGGAGAACAACAUUCAUCUUCUCCAAGAACAACUAUUUCAUCAUAUAGAGUAUUGGUGGUCAUCACAACAUGCUUGAGCAUAUUAGCUGUGGACUUUAAAGUCUUUCCCCGACGCUAUGCAAAGACUGAAACUUAUGGUACUGGUUUGAUGGAUCUGGGAGUUGGAUCAUUUGUCAUGGCUAAUGCAUUAGUUUCAAGAAAAGCACGGAAUUCCAUUUCAGUGAAUUGGAAGGCAACACUUAAAUCUAUAAGCCCGCUAUUAUUCCUAGGUUUUGGUCGGCUCAUUACUACAACAGGUGUAGAUUACCAGGUACAUGUAGGAGAAUAUGGUGUGCAUUGGAACUUCUUUUUCACCCUUGCAGCAGUAUCUUUACUUACAUCUAUAUUUAACAUCCAUCCAGAAUACUGUGGAUUUUUCGGUUUGUUAGUUCUCAUAGGUUAUCAGGCAUGCUUGUUACGUGGGUUAAAUAAAUACUUGAUCUCCCAUGAAAGGACAGCUGAUAUCAUCAGCCAAAAUAAAGAAGGCCUAUUCAGUAUAUUUGGAUAUUGGGGUAUGUAUCUGGUUGGUGUGCAUCUAGGAUACAAGAUACUUUUCAGUAAUCAUUCAUCAAAGAAGGUUGGAAGCAUUCAGUCUGCAAGAGCUAGAGUUUGGAUCCUUGCAGUUUUAUUUUGGUUCUUAACUAUCAUUCUGGACAAAUAUGUGGAAAGAGUUUCUCGGCGAAUGUGCAACCUGGCGUUUGUUAUGCUGGUCUUUGCACAGAAUUUUCAGGUUCUAUCAGUUCUCAUGCUAUCGGAUCUAGUACCGGGACAAAAGCCUUUGGCUCUUGAAGAAGCAUUCAAUCAGAAUCUCCUCGGUUCGUUUCUUCAGGUGAGUUAGACAUUAAAUUCUUCCGGACCUCGUGUAGGCUGAUUUUUAACCCUCGAUAGGGCUCAGUAUCCAAAUGGCAUAUUCUCUGCAGGCAAAUGUGCUAACUGGACUAGUAAACUUAUCCAUGGAUACCCUAUCAGCUUCCUCUGUGACAGCAGUUGGCGUCUUGUUGGGUUAUUCUUUUGUUCUCUCAGCUGUUACUGGACUUGUGUGGUCCUGUGGCAUCAAACUAAAAUUUUGGUAGAUUUAAUUGUAUAAUCAUUAAUGUUGUUGUUAGUUUGAUGUAAAAAGGUAGUCAACUGAUGCGCCGAACAUUCUUUCUUCUAUCCCAUUUUUAACUUCGGUUAGUCUACGAUGAGUUCGAUAUUUUUAUGCUUUCUAAUGUUGUUCAUUAAUGUCCCAAGUGUUACAAUGUUUUGAACUCUUGUUAAGUACAUGUUCUAGUAU